GUUUUUCUCAAGGGUUGGAAAGACGUGAAGUGAUGGAGGCACUGAUAGUCAUUGCUCAACCGGUCCUCUUUUGUGUAAAUUCCGAUUUAGUAAUAUAGUUUGCCCAUUAGAAACGCUCCACAACAUUACCUUUGAGCUCCCGCAGUGGGGGGGAAAAGCUGCACAGAUUUCCGGGCUGUUUCGUGGAGACAAAGCCCGAGCCCGCUCCGCAUCCUUCCGCGUUAUUGUUGCACCGGCCCGCCCAUACUCUAGAGAGCAUCUCUAGGACACCCGGCAACAACAGGCAUAGAGCGGCUCCACAUCGCACCAGAGGUAGGCUUUGUGAAAUGCUACAGACCAGUCUGCCAGAUGAGACGAGGACAACAGGAAGCUGACCAUUAAUAGCCUGUGUGUUUUUGGCAAGACCUUCAUUGUGCUAUUGUGCUGCCAGCAACACAAAUAAAGCUAAAUAUUUAAAAGCUAUAUUGUCCACCUCUUAGUAUGGACUUUCCAGGUCAUUUCCAGCAUAUCUUCAAGCAACUGAACCACCAGCGCCUCCAUGCUCAGCUAUGUGAUUGUCUGGUGGUGGUUGGACCUCAGAGCUUCAAGGCUCACCGCUCCAUCCUUGCAGCAUGCAGCUCCCACUUCAGGGCUCUGCUUAGCUCUAGUGACAGUGAUGAUGAAGUUGGAGGACCUAGUGGAGCUGACACAGGCGGAGACGGUGGUCUUAGUGUAAUGAACCUAGAUCCAGAAGUGGUAACACCUGAGGCCUUCUCCACUUUAUUGGACAUGAUUUAUACAUCAAGUCUCUCUUUGAAGGCCUCUAACGUUAUGGAUGUGCUCCUAGCAGCAUCGCACCUGCACCUCAACGCUGUGGUAAAGGCCUGCAAGCUCCACCUGUCCAGGAAAAACUUCCCUGCAUCACCACCUAAAGGAUGGAGGUCAAUGCAGCAGCAACAGCAUCAAAAUCCUUCUGAAAUGGCCAGUUUGUUUAAGCAGGUCACAUCUGUCAUGGAGGAGGGCAAUGAUGAGGAUGAAAUAGGCGUGGAGGUUAGUCAGUCUGGUGGGGUUGAAGACCUGAUGAUGAGAGGAGAAGUCGGCGGAGAACAAAGCACUUCAGCACUCACAAGGCACAAGAGGAAGUCCAAUGAGGACUGGAUCAGUGGCAGGAAGAGGUCCUGCAGACUGCAGGAGGGGAACUACAAAGAGUGUUCACCAACUGUGACAAGAAGCACCAUCAGUUCAGGGGAUGGAGGAGAGGGGCUUCUGUCCCUGUCUGAUGAUCUCUGGGUGGGCCGAGGUAAAGCAGAGGAGGAAGUCGAGGAGAAAUAUGAAGCUACAAAGGGAGAAGCGGAGGAGAUACAGCUACCGAGCCAGUCAGACAGCAGCACAGGAGGUGUAGGUGUGUGGGAGAAGGGCAGAGACACAGAUGGAGACACUGUAGUCAAAGUGAAGGUGGGAGAAGAAGGGGUUGAAGAGGGAGAGGAGCCAAUGAUGCUGAAAAUUGAAGUGAAAAGGGAGAAUCUGAGCACAUACUCCCCAGAUUUAGACACAAUCGCGCUUAAUUCUCCUCCCUCUCCUCUACAACACUGCAAUGCAAGUUUGACUACACAACUAAAUGAGGAGAAAAUGGCUGCUGCCUGCCCAUCAGAGGCAGAUGUUAGCUCCUUACAAUCCCAGCUGUGCUCAGAUCUUCAGUCUGACUCGCAGAGAGAUUUAGGUGAGACAUCAGUAGUCGGUGAAGGCCUUGACAGCCUGUCAGAACUUGCCUUUUCCUGCUUCCUUAAUCCCAGCGCAGAGAGUGUGAUGGGAGCUCUGGAAGAAGAUGACAGUCUAGCUAGCCUCACUGCUGCUGCGACUGCUGCUGCGACUGCUGCUGCCACCGCCAGUGAUGCGACAACUACUGCUGGAGAUGCUGACCAGCUUUGCCAAAACUCAGAAGAAGCAAACACCUCCUCUCAGUCUUCUGAUCCUUCCUCCUCCUCACUUGUUUUCCCUGUCCCCUUGCAGCAGCUUCUUCCAACUCAGGGCCCUAGUUUCAGUGACACACUAAUCCUUCAGCCCAGCCCAAACUCCCUUGCAGGGUUUCUGAGUGGCAUCAGGCCCAGCCUCGGACUAGAAACCUCCCACGUCCAACCCUGGGCCGGGAAAAGCUCAGGGGCGACAACCUUCCGUCGCAUUGCCCCUAAAGUCCUGCCCGGGUCUGAAGCAGGCACAGACAGUUCUCCCUCAGAUGAGCGACCGUCUUUGACAAGAGCUUCAGACGAUGUUCUGUUCAAGUGCAAGAAAGCAGCAGCUGAAGACCAUGUGCUGCUGGUGGAAGGAGACAAGAAGUACGCCUGCAAAAUCUGCUGUAAGACCUUCAUGAACCUAACUGACUGCAAGAAGCACAUCAGAGUCCACACAGGAGAAAAGCCGUAUCCCUGUCCCAAGUGUGGCAAACGCUUCAGUCAGUCCUCCCAUCUGUACAAACACUCAAAGAACACCUGCUUAAACUGGAAGGACGAUCAGUCAUUCCCAGACAGCCUGCUGUGACCUGCACUUACUUGACAAACAUUUCAUUCACUUUGAGAAAAAAACUCAAAAAAAUCUGCAAAUUUAUGAACUCACCAUCAAACUUAAUUACUUUAUUAAUUAUUGAUUUCACUCUGAAAUGAUGUGCAGUUUGCUUUUAACAUGUUUUUUUUAAUGUUCUUUAAUUGAAGACUUGAAUUCUUAAAUUCUUAUUGUGGCACUGAAACAAAUCAUAUGUAGCCGAACUGAUGUAAAUGUAGGGCUGGGCGAUAAAUCGAUAACCAUAAGUAUUGUGAUAUAAUUUUUCUCAAUAUACAUAUAACAACUGUUUGAUAAAAAUGUGAUGUAUUUAAACCUAUAGUUACACCCCCAAACCACUGGAAAGAGAGGGGGUGCUAAUGUGUCUUAAACGCUAGCUGCCACCUAACAUUAAACAGACUAAGACGAUGGCAUUGAACAGCCAAUCAUGUCGCAGAGUAAGAGGUAGGUUGGUGGGUUUAAAGAUGUUUGUUGUAAAUUUAAAUCAAAUGAUCUCAACCUGAGAAAAAUAAGAAUCUACGAACUAAAACUUCAAAAAAGUCUUAUCUUACAUUAAAGACUUCCUUUUAGCACCGUUAAAAAUUAGGGAUUCAUGAAGCUUAUCAGAGAACUAAAUCCAGAUACAAGCUAACAAGCCGUCUUCAACUUUCACUCAAGGGUAAAAAUCUGCCUUCAAAUUUAAAUGAAAUAAUGAUUUGAUAUUUAUCAUGGUAAUUAUCUAUAUCGACUGAUAAGGAAAAUGUUAUCGUGAUAACAUCAUUUUUAAUAUCACCCAGCUCUAUGUGAACAGACUGAAAAUGUUCUUUGAAUGGAGAAUAAUCUGACUGCCGUAUCAAGAGUGAUGAGAAUAAAUUUAAAUCUAUGAGCAUGAGGAAUUUUUAAAAGAAAAUGAAAGAGCUAAGCCAUCAGUUUUUAUUGUUCAUAGUUUCUAAUUUGACACAGAACUGGAGUGUUAAACUGUUUUGUUACAGUAAACAUGGAGUAUUAGCAUCAGAAUAAAGUGUGGAUUAAGAAGUCAAAGGCUAAUCUUACACAUUUAGUAAGGCUUUGGGGUUCAAAUACAGCUCUCAACCUAAAUAAAGCCUAUAUAGUGUUUUUGACAUACUGCAGGGUUUUGUGGCACUAGAAAGUGAGUUCAGUGGGUAUCUCUGUGCCCUGUAUACCCCCCAGCAGGUUCUGAGCUGACAGAGCUGCCAUGACGCCUCUGGUGGAGUAGGUGGCACUGCCGA